AUGUCGAGACCACAGGGACUGUCAUGGCUCCCGCUGGCCUUCACCCCGGUCCGGGUCACGGUGACCUCCAACGUCCUGCUGUGGGUCACCGCCCUGGCCAUCACGAGCACGGUCAUCGACGGCCAGGCGCAGUAUCCCGUGGUCAACACCAAUUACGGCAAGAUCCGGGGCUUAAGAACACCGCUGCCCAAUGAGAUUUUGGGUCCAGUGGAACAGUACUUGGGGGUGCCUUAUGCGUCGCCUCCUACGGGGGAACGGCGGUUUCAGCCCCCAGAACCGCCCUCCUCGUGGACCGGGGUCCGGAACGCCACCCAGUUCGCGGCCGUGUGCCCGCAGCACCUGGACGAGCGGUCCCUGCUGCACGACAUGCUCCCUAUCUGGUUUACCGCCAAUCUGGACACGCUCAUGACCUACAUUCAAGAUCAGAGUGAAGACUGCCUGUACCUGAACAUCUACGUGCCCACCGAGGACGGAGCCAAUACAAGGAAAAACGCUGAUGAUAUAAGCAGCAAUGACCGUGGUGAAGACGAAGACAUCCACGACCAGAACAGCAAGAAGCCGGUCAUGGUGUACAUCCACGGCGGGUCCUACAUGGAGGGCACGGGUAACAUGAUUGACGGCAGUAUCCUCGCCAGCUAUGGCAACGUCAUUGUCAUCACGAUUAACUACCGCCUGGGGAUCCUAGGGUUUUUAAGUACCGGCGACCAGGCGGCCAAAGGUAACUACGGCCUCCUGGAUCAGAUCCAAGCCUUACGCUGGAUUGAGGAGAAUGUCGGGGCCUUCGGUGGGGACCCCAAGAGAGUGACCAUCUUCGGCUCCGGCGCGGGUGCUUCUUGUGUCAGCCUCUUGACCCUGUCUCACUAUUCAGAAGGUAAUAAAAGCAAUUUCACACCUGCAGGUCUGUUCCAGAAGGCCAUCAUCCAGAGCGGGACCGCCCUGUCCAGCUGGGCCGUGAACUACCAGCCUGCCAAGUACACUCGGAUAUUGGCAGAUAAAGUGGGCUGCAACAUGCUGGAUACCACAGAUAUGGUGGAAUGCCUUCGCAACAAGAACUACAAAGAGCUCAUUCAGCAGACCAUCACCCCGGCCACGUACCACAUCUCCUUCGGGCCUGUCAUUGACGGGGACGUCAUCCCCGAUGACCCUCAGAUCCUGAUGGAGCAGGGCGAGUUCCUGAACUAUGACAUCAUGCUGGGUGUCAACCAGGGCGAGGGGCUCAAGUUCGUGGACGGCAUCGUGGACAACGAGGACGGCGUGACGCCCAACGAUUUCGACUUCUCCGUGUCCAACUUCGUGGACAACCUUUACGGCUACCCGGAGGGGAAAGACACCUUGCGGGAAACCAUCAAGUUCAUGUACACGGACUGGGCCGAUAAGGAGAACCCGGAAACGCGGCGGAAGACCUUGGUGGCUCUGUUCACCGACCACCAGUGGGUGGCCCCCGCCGUGGCCACCGCGGACCUGCACGCCCAGUACGGCUCGCCCACCUACUUCUACGCCUUCUACCACCACUGCCAGAGUGAGAUGAAGCCCAGCUGGGCCGACUCAGCCCACGGCGACGAGGUCCCCUACGUCUUCGGCAUCCCCAUGAUCGGCCCCACCGAGCUCUUCAGCUGCAACUUCUCCAAGAAUGACGUCAUGCUCAGUGCGGUGGUCAUGACCUACUGGACAAAUUUCGCCAAAACCGGUGACCCUAAUCAGCCUGUUCCUCAGGACACCAAGUUCAUUCACACAAAACCCAAUCGCUUUGAGGAAGUAGCCUGGUCCAAGUAUAACCCGAAAGACCAGCUCUAUCUGCACAUUGGCUUGAAACCCAGAGUGAGGGAUCACUACCGAGCCACAAAGGUGGCUUUCUGGUUGGAACUCGUGCCUCACUUGCACAACUUGAAUGAGAUAUUCCAAUACGUCUCCACCACCACAAAGGUUCCUCCCCCAGACAUGACCUCCUUUCCCUACGGAACUCGGCGAUCUCCUGCCAAGAUCUGGCCCACGACCAAACGCCCGGCCAUCACUCCCGCCAACAACCCCAAACACUCCAAGGACCCUCAUAAAACGGGGCCCGAGGACACCACCGUCCUCAUCGAAACCAAACGGGAUUAUUCCACCGAGUUGAGUGUCACCAUCGCCGUGGGGGCAUCCUUACUGUUCCUCAACAUCUUGGCCUUCGCAGCGCUGUACUACAAGAAAGACAAGAGGCGCCACGAGACACACAGGCGCCCCAGUCCCCAGAGAAAUACCACGAACGACAUCGCUCACAUCCAGAACGAGGAGAUCAUGUCCCUACAGAUGAAACAGCUGGAGCACGAUCACGAGUGUGAGUCCCUGCAGGCUCACGACACCCUGAGGCUCACCUGCCCUCCAGACUACACCCUCACGCUACGCAGGUCUCCAGAUGACAUCCCACUUAUGACACCAAAUACCAUCACCAUGAUUCCUAACACACUGACGGGGAUGCAGCCUUUGCACACGUUCAAUACCUUCAGCGGAGGACAAAACAGUACAAAUUUACCCCACGGACAUUCAACCACUAGAGUAUAGCUUUGCUGUCUCCCUGCCCUCCCUCUGCACCUCCCCUCUGCAACAUCGAAGAGAGAGAGAAAGAGAGACGCAACAUCUCCAAACAAGGAAGGUGUUUCAUCCCACUGGCUUAAGACAAAAGCAAACAGACAGAAAAAACACAAAAAAACGAAAGGGCAGCCGUUGUGUCCUUGUAGACCCUUCCCAUUGGCGUUUCCCAGUACAACGAGAUCAACUUCUGACCCCAUGAAAUGUGAAACGUAUACGUUGCUGUUACAAUACUGCUUUAAGAGCUCCACCGUCCAGCAAACUUUAGUGCAACUAGGACAUCGAUGUUUCAAAGGACCUGGAUGUUUCCAA